CAGCUCCCCUUUCCCCUGCGCUUUUGGGUGCCUAUAAAUUGCUCCAGCGCGCUCGUCAGCCUCCUCCUCUCCUGGCAGGUGGCACCCGGGCAGGCUCCCGCUCUCCCUGCGGCUCCGGCUCCGGCUUCGGCUCCGGCUGCGGCGCGGCGGCUCGGGCUCUCGGCGGCGGCCGGGGGGCGCGUCCCCGCUGAGCCCUGCCGAGAAAACAACAACAACAAAACAAGAGCGAGCAAGCGAGAGAGAGAGAGAGAGAGAGAGAGCAGGAAAGCGGGCGAUCGCGAGAGAAAAGGCAAGUUCAAGGGAAAGUUGACUCGGACUGGCACAGUGCGCAAAAAAAAAAGUCGAUCGCCGGCGGAGCAUAAAAGUGCGGGCGGCCGGGGCGGCGGCAGCUCUCCCCCCGCUCGGCGGCCGCGGCGCAGCGCGGGACCCGCCGGCAGCGGCGGCGGCAGCGGCGGGGCGGCGAAGCCCCAGGGGAGCCGGGCUCGGCGCGGGCUCGGCAGUGUUUUCGGCUCUGAGGAGGUCCCCGCACAACCAUCAAGAUUUUGUCCAAAAGCAGGCAAGAGGAUCGCCCUGCGCUGAGCCGGCUGGUGGGCAGCAGGCGACGGCUGAUCGCGGCCGGCGCCCUGGGGGUGGUCAUGGUGCUGCUGCUGGUGAUCCUCAUCCCGGUGCUGGUGAGCUCGGCCGGCACCUCGGCGCACUACGAGAUGCUGGGCACCUGCCGCAUGGUCUGCGACCCCUACGGCGGCACCAAGGCGCCCAGCACGGCCGCCACGCCCGACCGCGGCCUCAUGCAGUCGCUGCCCACCUUCAUCCAGGGCCCCAAGGGCGAGGCCGGCCGGCCGGGCAAAGCGGGGCCCCGCGGGCCCCCCGGCGAGCCGGGGCCGCCCGGCCCGGUGGGGCCGCCGGGUGAGAAGGGCGAGCCGGGACGGCAGGGCCUGCCGGGCCCGCCCGGGGCGCCGGGGCUGAACGCGGCGGGGGCCAUCAGCGCCGCCACCUACAGCACCGUGCCCAAGAUCGCCUUCUACGCGGGCCUCAAGCGGCAGCACGAGGGCUACGAGGUGCUCAAGUUCGACGACGUGGUCACCAACCUGGGCAACCACUACGACCCCACCACGGGCAAGUUCACCUGCUCCAUCCCCGGCAUCUACUUCUUCACCUACCAUGUGCUCAUGCGGGGCGGCGACGGCACCAGCAUGUGGGCCGACCUCUGCAAGAACAACCAGGUUCGAGCUAGUGCAAUUGCUCAGGAUGCUGAUCAGAACUACGACUAUGCCAGUAACAGUGUGGUUCUUCAUUUGGAGCCAGGAGAUGAAGUUUACAUUAAAUUAGAUGGAGGAAAAGCACAUGGAGGAAACAACAAUAAAUACAGCACAUUUUCUGGAUUUAUUAUUUAUGCUGACUGAUAAUAACUAAAAAGACCCACCAAACCAACCCAAAAAUGAAGCUUGCUCUUCUAGGAAAUGGAUUUGCGUGGCAAAAGUCAAUGAAUCAAGCACCCCAGCGGAGAUCAACCACAGAACACCUCAGUAGCGGGGAAAAAAUCAAAUGCUACCUGAUUCACAUCUGUACAACACAGAGAAACCUUAUGUUAAAAAAUUACAAAGCAAGUUAAACAGAUGUGUGAUCCACUACCGCCAAAGCAAAUACUUCUUUAUUGUUAGUGUCCAUGUGAAUGAAGUCCUACAUAGAUCAAAUUUUUAUAGAAAAAACCCUUAAAGACACUGAGUUAUUCCUUCAGUGUAUAUGAUACGUCGAUGUGUUAUGAUCUUGCUGCUUUAUCCAUACAUCAGCUUUGGUUCUUGUGACUUACUUGCUAACAAUGAUGCUUGGAGUCCACUCAAUGUGGUGAGGAAUGAUUUUACAAUAAAAGGAAGAGGUAAUCAAAUAUACUUUCUCUCUCCAAAGGAAUUGUUUGCCUUGUACUUUUCUUAUCCUUCCACUUAAAACUAGAAACUAAUCAGCUUCAAGCCUUAACUCAGUGUUCCUGCAUUGUAGGUUUACAUUAGAUUUUUUUAACAUAAAAUCAAACCUCUGAAGUUGUUUAUCUUGUCUUCCCCUUAGCUGUGUUCUAAAAAAAAAAAAAAAAAAAAAAAAAAGAA